AUGAAUCCGAUUAUGUUAGAAGAUGAUGCUAAAUAUCAGUGUCAAGUAAGCACGGGUCACGAAGGUCAAAAAAGUAUAAGGUCGAGGUAUGCAACCGUAACGGUUCUCGUACCACCGGAAGCUCCAAAAAUAAUACAAGGAGAAUCACUCGUCACGACAGAAGAUAGAGAAAUAGAAUUAGAAUGUAUAUCUAUGGCUGGAAAACCUGCUGCUGAGAUAACAUGGAUUGACGGUCACGGUAAUGUAUUAACGGAAAAUAUCGAUUACAUUGUCGAACCGCUUUCCGACGGUAGAAGAUUUACAGCGAAAUCAGUUUUAAAAUUAAUGCCACGAAAGCAUCAUCAUAAUACAACAUUUACAUGCCAAGCUCAAAAUGCAGCCGACAGAACUUAUAGAUCGGCUAAAUUAAAACUUCAAGUUAAAUACGCUCCAAAGGUCGACGUUAAAAUUAUAUCCGGAAUCGGACCGUCUGGAAGAAUUCCAGAAGGAACGGACGUGAUUUUACGUUGCCAAGCCGAUGCGAAUCCUUCCGAAAUGACGUAUAAAUGGUACGUUAAUAACGAAUUGAUUUCCGGUGAACCCACGACCGAAUUGACCAUAAAAAAUGCCACGCGUAAACUUCACGACGCCAUGGUCAAAUGUAAAGUUCAAAAUUCCGUUGGCGAAUCGGAAGCUUUUGAAACAUUAGAAGUCAGCUACGGACCGAGAUUUCGUUCGAAACCGAAAAUAAUUCAAGCUGAUCUCGGUGCAACUGUGACAUUAACGUGUGACGUAGACGGAAAUCCACCACCGGAUAUAGUAUGGAUUCAUAAAAAUUCAGAAAAAGUCGUGGGAACGUCAGCUAAUUUAACAAUGACAGUUGAUGGUAAUUCCGGUGGAACUUAUCAUUGUAAAGCAUCGAUAAUGGGAUUUCCGGAAAUAGGAGCAGAAGGUGCGAUUUACAUAAAAGGCCGUCCAACAAUAAUAAGUCACAACACACAAUUUGGAGUCAUAGGUGAUAACGUCAGGCUGGAAUGUGUAGUUUUUUCAAUACCACGUCCGACACACAUAUCUUGGACAUUUGAAGGAUCCGAUAUCGAUUCUUCUAACGAGGGAUAUUCUAUUUUGGAAGAUCCAUUACCGAAUGGUAUAAAAAGUAUUUUAUUAAUUCAUGAGUCUGAAUCGAAACAUUUCGGCGCUUAUAAUUGUUCUGUUGUUAAUUCGUACGGAAUGGAUUCCGCUGAAAUCAUAUUAAAAGCCCAAAAAAAUUUUCCACUCCCGAUUAUUUUAAUGGGAGUCAUAGUAUUAGUUAUCGUUAUCGUUGCCGUUGCUCUGAUAAUAAUCCUCUGUCAGAGAAAUGCUAAAAAAUCCCCGAUCCCGGUCGAUUGUUUACCACAAAUAAAUGGCGGUGAUCGUCUUAAUAGGUAUUCAUCUGAAUUUUCAGAUCCAGUCUUCCCUCUUAAGGAUGGUCAAAAUAAUGGAUACGUACCUUAUGUUGAUUAUUCGAGAGAUUACACUCCACCUUCUGUUGAAAAUGGUAGAGAUAAUUUACCAACGGCCAAUGGCCCACACAGUUUAAGAUUAUCUUCCGUGCCUACAACUGGGGUCGAUCCCAGAUAUUCGGCUGCUUACGGUAAUCCUUACCUUCGUAGUUCGAAUACUUCCUUGCCGCCUCCACAUGCGACAACUGGAUUAAAUAAUCCAGCGCCACCGCCUUAUAGUGCAACACGGCAAAAUGGAGCAGUUCCUCAAUUGGCGAGGUUACCAUCUUCGCCGACAUCUCAAUAUAUAGUGCCCGCUAGAGAACAAAUAACAAUUAAAAGAGGGACGUUGGCAACGCAUGUAUAA